CAGCCGCCUCAAAAACAACUAGAAAUCACAGCAGAUAUAUGUUAAUUUAUCGAAGUUUUAUUUUGAUGGGGAACGCGUGUUGUCUUUUGAUCGUCAGCCUCGCGGGUCAGAGGUCAGGAGUCAUCAUCGGGGAGUCGGCAUGGCGGCGCCACCGUCCCGCAAGGUUUUCGAGGUCUUCAUCUCUCGCGUUCCCUGGACCCUGGCAAACAAAGAAAUCAAGGAUUAUUUUGGACAGUUUGGAUCAGUGAAGAAAUGUCUUCUUCCAUUUGACAAGGAAACUGGAUUUCACAAAGGAUUUUGUUGGGUCAGCUUCACUACAGAAGAAGGACUUCAGAAUGUGCUGCAGACAGAAGUACAUAAUAUUGAAGGUGCAAAGCUUCAAGUUCAGAGGAACAGAAAAUUAUUCCAAAGACAAAGAGCCAAGAAAAUUACCGAAUCAGCAAGUUGAUACCGAUAUGGAGGGUGUAGUUCAAUUUGUUUUUGUCUUAAAGUUGAUGAAUAAACAGUUGUAAUGUUUAAAA